GACUUCAAAUGUCAUGCACGCUCAACCUGUCCAAGAUGUUAUCUGUUCUGUGAACAGUUUUGUUAUUUUUAGCACUGUACAUAAAGGCUUGGUGAGUUUGUUUCACAAACCAAACUAAUGGGACGUGCACUAUUCAAGACUGUCGUCAGUAUACACAUGUGAAGUGCGGAUAUAUCAUUUACUUUAUACAUUAUUAUUUGGAUAAAUACGAUAUCUAAUCAUAGACUGCGUAGAGAGUUGUUAGAAAAGCUUUUGUAGUACUGAUUAUAGACUCGGUUAGGGUCAGUAAAGGGUGCCAGAGAGUCAGACCGAGCAGAACCGGACACUAGUCUGUCUGUCUGGUUCCGGUCAGGGAUCGGGUCCAGACGCUAAACCCGAAUCAAAAUGGCGUCCGCCGGUCCACCCGACACGGGCUUAUCCGCCCCUCCAGAUCUAAGGACUCCGUUUUGGAGGCUGUUGGCCUCUCGGAGAGGAUCCAGCGGAGUUCGAAAGAUGACCAUGACGGAGGGGCCGGGAUCAUCCCAGAGUAUGAAGAAGACCAUCGGUCACCGAGGAGUUGACCCCACAGGGGAAACAACUUACAAAAAGACGACCUCAUCCGCCCUCAAAGGUGCCAUUCAGCUGGGAAUCACACACACUGUGGGCAGCCUCAGUCAGAAAGCAGAGAGAGAUGUUCUCAUGCAGGACUUCUAUGUAGUAGAGAGCAUCUUCUUCCCAAGUGAAGGAAGUAAUUUGACCCCGGCACAUCACCAUGGUGACUUCAGGUUUAAGACCUACGCCCCCAUCGCCUUCCGAUAUUUCAGAGAACUCUUUGGCAUUCGACCUGACGAUUAUCUGUACUCUCUGUGUAAUGACCCUUUGAUUGAAUUGUCUAACCCUGGAGCGAGCGGAUCGAUAUUUUAUGUGACAAGCGAUGAUGAGUUUAUUAUCAAAACAGUGCAGCACAAAGAGGCAGAGUUCCUGCAGAAGCUACUGCCCGGGUACUUCAUGAAUCUGAAUCAGAACAAGAGAACGCUGCUCCCGAAGUUUUACGGCUUGUAUUGCGUUCAGGCGGGUGGAAAGAACAUCCGUAUCGUUGUGAUGAAUAACCUGUUGCCCCGCAGUGUGCCUAUGCACCUCAAGUACGACCUGAAGGGCUCCACGUACAAGCGGCGUGCCUCCCCUAAAGAGAGAGACAAAAGGGUCCCCACUUACAAAGAUCUGGAUUUCAUCCAGGAUAUGCCCGAGGGUAUUCAGCUAGAAACAGACAACUACAACGCCCUCUCCAAAACCAUCCAGCGGGACUGCCUGCUGCUGCAGAGCUUCAAGAUUAUGGACUACAGUUUGUUGGUGGGGAUCCAUAACUCAGACCAGGCAUCCCGCGAGCGAGCGGGGGUAACAGAGGGCGGGGGGUCAGAGGGCGCCGUGACGCCAGACCACCGGAGGCCACAGGCUCAGAAAGCUCUCUACAGCACAGCUAUGGAGUCCAUACAGGGAGAGGCCAAAGGAAAAGGAACCCUGGAAACAGAAGACCAAUGGGGAGGAAUCCCUGCACGCAACAGUAGAGGAGAGAGAAUACUGAUUUAUAUUGGGAUUAUUGAUAUAUUACAGUCCUACAGAUUUAUAAAAAAAAUAGAGCAUUCCUGGAAGGCCUUGGUUCACGAUGGGGACACGGUCUCUGUACAUCGGCCUGGAUUCUACGCUGAGCGAUUCCAGCGUUUCAUGUGCAACACCGUUUUUAAGAAAGCCUUAAAAUCAUCCCCCUCGAAGAAGAGUCGAAGUGGCUGUUCGAGCGUUGUGAGACGGCUUCCGAUGGGAAGCACUGCUUCUGCUCCCGGCGGACAGACAGUCAAUGAUGCCAGACUGGUGUACCGUACUCAUCUUAACCAGGCCGAAACAGAAGGAGAGAGUUGCAUGCAGUCGGGCAGACCGGACCUGCUCCCGCAAACCCAUCCUUUGGCUGGAAGCUCCAGCGAGUUUGACUCGACACAUCUGGCCUCCUCCUCACCUGGCAGCACAGGAAAGCCAUCAUCAUCACCUCCUCAAAGGUCAGUAGGGGUGGAGGUGCACAAAUCUGCAGUCAUUGAGCCGGACAACAGCGCCCCUCACAGCACUGGAGCCGAAUGCUUAGAUGAGCAGUUGAGCAACGAAGACGCUCUUUCCCUCAAGGACAUCAUCCCAGAAACUGACAUUUGUUUUUAAGACCAGAGCGACAACUGAAGACACAAGAGCAGAGCGUUUA